CCUCCGCCCGGAGUUACAGACAUUUCCCCCCGUCCUCCUCCUCUCUCCACCCCCGCAGCCAGCGUCGCCCAGGCGAGGCCGGUCCCGGAACCCAGGACGCGGCUGCAGUUUCCGGGCGGCGCCAGUCGGCGGGGCCUGACGUGGUGUUGUCCGCCCGCUGCUUCUUCCCCCCCCCUCGCCGGUGUCGGUGCGGCCCGCGGCUGCUCCUCCCGCCCCGUCCUGUCCCGCUCCGCCGCCAUGAACACAGCGCUGUCGCGGGCCAACUCGCUGUUCGCCUUCUCGCUGAGUGUGAUGGCGGUGCUGACGCUCGGCUGCUUCCUCACCACCGCCUUCAAGGAGCGCAGCGUCCCUGUGCACAUCCAGGUCUCCAAAGUCAUGCUGAAAAAUGUAGAAGACUUCACAGGACCCAGAGAAAGAAGUGAUUUGGGAUUGAUCACGUUUGACCUGUCUGCAGAUUUGAAGCCAAUCUUUGACUGGAAUGUCAAGCAAUUGUUUCUUUAUUUAUCAGCAGAGUACAAAACAAAAAAUAACGCAUUGAAUCAGGUUGUUCUCUGGGACAAGAUUGUACUUCGUGGAGAUCAAACAAAGUUGGAUCUGAAAGAUGUGAAGUCAAAAUAUUUCUUCUUUGAUGAUGGAAAUGGCCUGAAGGGUAAUGAAAACAUCACUUUGACUCUGUCCUGGAACGUGGUCCCAAAUGCUGGGAUUCUGCCUCUUAUAAUGGGUUCAGGGCACUAUUCCGCCGCAUUUCCAGACUCGUAUGAGAUGACAAAAAGCUAUUGAACUUUUGACUCUUCUUUGUUAUAGUACCUUUUAUUGUUGUAAUUUGAAACUCAUAACUCAGAACGUAUUUUUAUAUCCAAGUAUCAUGUCUGCGUGGCUGGGGUGAAAAAAAUCUGAAAAUUCCCCCCAAAUGAAAAUAAAAAUGGGUGACUGUUUUGUAUUUUUUUGUAACAGGCGCACAAAUUUUGCAUUGUAAUUUUUUUUUGUGUUCAGGUUUGAUCCCAUUCUAUGACGUGUGUUGGAUUGUAUUCGCUUGGGAUGAGUAGGGAAAGGUCUAUUUCUGCACACUUAAUGUGAAACAGUAAUAAACACAUGGCUGAUAAUAAGUAUGAUACCUAAUUCCCGGGAAAUCCAUCCCUCCCUGCCCUCAAAAGUGUGGGUUACAUUUUCUCCAUAAAAUGUUGUCUCAUCGUACACAAUACAUCAGCAGUGUACUGUUUACACCACAACUUCCAUAUCUUUUGUAUUUUCAAAAGCAUUUUCUCUUGCAUUGCUACAUAGCCAGCCAUGGCAGUUUAGGUGUACUCUGGAAGGCAAAGCUAAGUAACUGCUUUGCUUUUUCUGCCUCCCUAAUCCUAAACAAAAAAAAAUAAAAGGUUACUUGACUCGGUUUGUAUCCUUGAAGAAAAUGAUAUCCUCCUUAUUAAUUAUGCUACUUAAUAAUCUCCCCCCCCCGACUUCUAAAGCCUUAGUCACGACAUCUGUUAUGCUCAUUGCAAGUGGUCUCUGUUUACUCACUAGGGUGGGGAUUUUAUUUUCUGUGGACAAAAAUUGAAUCCCAUUCCUCUAAUGUAGACAGAUUUGCUUCAUCUUAGGACUGUUCAUGUUUUUCUUUGCUGUACCUACAAGAAACACAAAGUAAAUUGAAGCAUGAGUAUUUAUACCAAGUGUUCUGGGGAUGUUCACUGCUGGAGUCCGAGCAUUGCUUGUAUCUUGCAGCACAUCGGCUUUUAUACUGUAUAAUUACUGUGAAUUGCAACAAAAAAAAUACAGAAAUGUGCAUAUUCUGUGGAACAGAAUAUAUUAAAUUCUUUUUGCGGUAUAUUCUUUUAAUGGUUGGCAAAACACUGUACAUGGGAGCGUAUUGAUGUUAGAAACCUGGAACUCUGAAAGAUUUUUAAAAAGGCUGUGCUUUACAAAAAAAACAACAAAGCCUGUGUUCGAAUAAAAGGUUUUGUUUUUAUUUUGUCCAUGAACAGUUAACCAAUUGUGACCUAUUUUUUUUACUGCCUCCCACAUUGCUCAUUCUGCCUACCCCCUCACCCCUUGAAUUUAUAAUUUAAAGAAGCCACAUCUGUACAGAACCACAUGCUCAGCCAGAUGUUUUGUAGCACUGCAACCUGAGACCUACUGUAGCCACCUGAACUGUGUGUGUUCCCUUGCACUCUGCAAGCUCAUGUAUCUGAGUAGCAGUAGACUACUAAUCCAGAUAUCUGAAUUUAAAAUCCCACUACAGCAGCUAGAAAGCUUAAACUUGGUAAAUUCAAUAAAGGUUUAGAGCCCGCAAUAGAACAGUACAGCACAGGAACAGGUCCUACCUCCCUCUCUGUGAUUUAAAAAAAAUACUUGCUCUGCACAUCCCCUUUAAACUUUUCCCUUCUCACCUUAAAGCUACAGCCUUAAUACUGACCAUUAAGAGCAAAAGAAAGAACAGCCUUCCUCACUGAGGUAAAAGAUCAUGGCUGAUCUUUUAGCUCAGUGCCACUUUCCUGCUCUUAACCCCAUUUCCUUCAAUUCUUUUUUUUUAUCCAAAAAUCUAUUAUGCUGUUUUGAAUAUAUUAGUCACGGACCUCAGGUAGAGAAUUCCAAAGGUUGACCGCCCUCUCUGUCAAGAAAUUGCUUCUCAUCUCAGUCCAGUGUGAAUGCUUUCUUUUGAGACUUUGAAACCCAAUUCUGGACAUCUCAGCCAGGCGAAACAUCAUCCCUGCAUCUACCCAGUCAAGCCCAAAGGAAUUUUGUAUGUUUCAGUGCAAUCACCUCUUCUAAACUCUAGACAGUAGAGGCCCAGUUAGCUUAAUUUCCUUCAAAGGAUAUUCCCCAUUCCACAAUUCCAGCGAUCAAUCCGGUGAAUCUGCAUUGCACUCCAUCUAUCAGAACUAUAUCCUUCCCUAGAUGGGGAGACCAGAAUUGUACACGAAAUCCAAGUGCUGUCUCAGAAGAACCCUAUACAAUUGUCGUAAGACACUUUUACCCUUGUAAUCAAAUCCUCUUGCAGUAAUAGCCAGCAUACUGUGUGGCUUCUUAAUUUGUUGUAACUGCAAGUUCUGGUGAUUUAAUGAACAAAUUCUCAGGUCCCUCUGAACACCAACACAUGAAUCUUUCACCCUUUUUGGGAAAAUACUGUCUUCCCACCACCCCCACUAUUUUGCACUAUAUAUUCCAUUUAUUUUGUCCUUGUCAGAUGACUUAGUUUGUGUAAUUCCCCUUUAAUCCUAUUUGCAUCCUCCUUGCAAUUUUCACUGCCACCCAGGUUGGUAUCAUCAGCAAACCUGGAUGCAUUAUAUGUGGUCCUUUUUUUCAAAUCAUUAUAUUGAUUGCAAACUGUUUGGGACCCAGUGCUGAUUGCUUAAGUUACUGCUCACAACCUGUAAAUGAACAGUUUAUUCUCACACUAUUUUGUGUUUGUUAACCAAUACCAAAUCAAUGGAGGAAUCUUAUUCCAAAUAUCAUCGGCAAUAAUUCUGUUUAAUAAUCUCUCAUAGCUUUCAAAGGCCUUUCAAAGUCCAACUAUGCCGCAUCGACAGGUUUGUCCUCUGCUAUUCAUUUACCUUUAUUUUGAUAGAUGUUGCAUUUAUAUUGUGUGUAGCAGUUGCUACCGCGGAAUAAAACAAGACUCUACUCGGA